UAAAAAAAAAAAAAAAAAAAAGAGGGGAGAGGCUUAAAGCAAAAGGUCAGCGCCUAUUCUUCCUCCUCUUCUUCUUCGUUCUUCGUCCUUCUCCAUCCGAUCAUCGACCCCCCUCCCCUUUCCCCGCAAACCCUAAUUCCUCGAGCUGUUCCUUCUCCUCAGACUACUGUUUCCCCUCGUCUUGUCGGGUUGAUGAUUGCCUGGUCUUUAAUGUCCGCCGCGUUUCAAGAUUAUCAAGCAGGGGAGCUCGGUGUUUGAUUCGGUCCCGGUCAAAUCACGCUGUCUCUCUUUCUAUCUCCCCCUCCCUCUCUCCGUGUGUCUCGGUCUCUCCGCCCCUGUUGACUUUUCGUUCUCAAAAUUACUCCUUUCGAGCCCUUUGAUCGGUUUCCGGGGGAUUGGGGCUUCCGAGGGCAUGACAUUGGUCAUCUGAUUCAAGGGUUUCCUCCACGGAGUUUCGCUUUCAAAGGGUUAGGUUUAGGGCAGCGAGACGGAUGGAAGCGUCUGGCGGCAAUUCAGACUCGUACAGGGGGUCAGCUACUGGAAUUGGCAGUAGUGGCACCUCUAAUUUCAGAAGAUAUGGCAUUUUAUCGGCUUCGAAUAUCAUUCAGGCGCCUAUAUCGACGUUGCUCGAAUACUCCGGCUUGUUGAGGACCCGCCCGAAUCACCCGGAAGUUGAGCCUUUGUUUAGCGGGAGCGCCACCUCCGGAGUUGUUCACAGUAGGGUGGAAGAUACCUCACUGAGUGGCGGUGAUGGAGAGGUGUCGAUUAGGAUAAUUGGGGCUGGGGAACAGGAGCACCACAGGGACGGGGCGGGACUGGUGGUGGGUGGUCAUCAGCAAGUGAGGGAACCUUCUUCCCAGGACGAGGUGUCUGUCCGGCCAGUGGCUGGAGGUGAUGGGCAGGGCGAUAUAAGGAGUGGGGUUGAUGAGGGUGCUCCGACUGCAUCAGCUGCUGGGGCUAAUGAUAGUGAAGUUGGCGAGGGUAAUGGUAGGGAUUCAACUUACCAGAGAUAUGAUAUUCAGCAGGCAGCAAGGUGGAUCGAGCAGGUCCUGCCGUUUUCUUUGCUUCUUUUGGUUGUUUUCAUCCGACAACAUUUACAAGGAAUUGCAGGUUUCUUCAUUACAAUAUGGAUUGCAGCUGUAUUGUUCAAGUCAAAUGACAUUUUAAGAAAACAAACUGCGCUAAAGGGGGAGAGGAGAAUUCCAGUUCUUGCUGGUAUUUCACUUGCAUUUGCUCUCCAUGUUGCUGGUGUGUACUGGUGGUACAGGAGAGAUGAUCUCUUAUAUCCAUUGAUUAUGCUUCCUCCAAAGGCUAUACCACCAUUCUGGCAUGCAAUUUUCAUCAUUAUGGUCAACGAUACAAUGGUCCGGCAAGCUGCAAUGGUCUUGAAGUGCUUCUUGUUGAUGUAUUACAGGAAUAGUCGAGGGAGAAAUUACCGGAGGCAGGGUCAAAUGCUAACUCUGGUUGAAUAUCUACUGUUGCUAUAUCGUGCAUUACUGCCGACUCCUGUCUGGUACCGUUUCUUCUUGAACAAGGAAUAUGGGAGCCUCUUCUCGUCAUUAAUGACAGGGCUGUAUUUGACUUUCAAGCUUACAUCUGUUGUUGAGAAGGUGCAAUGCUUCUUUACUGCAUUGAGGGCACUGUCCCGUAAGGAGGUCCACUAUGGGGCAUAUGCAACUGCAGAGCAGGUCAAUGCAGCUGGAGAUCUGUGUGCUAUUUGCCAGGAGAAGAUGCAUGCUCCUAUCUUACUUCGUUGCAAGCACAUAUUUUGUGAAGACUGCGUCUCUGAAUGGUUCGAGAGAGAGCGGACGUGUCCAUUGUGCAGAGCUCUCGUCAAAUCUGCAGAUCUCAGGUCAUUCGGCGACGGAUCGACUAGCCUGUUCUUCCAGCUAUUCUGAGACCACUAUGGUAUCAUAUACCACUUGAAAAGGAGCUUGAAUGUGCGACCUAUCUAUGGGACGGUUUUAUCGGAAGGAGAUGGUUUGUGGUCUGAACAUGGAAGGAAAUCUCGCGGCAUUUUGCACGAGGCACUGGGGUUUGAUUGCCUUGGCCUAAUUGUAGAAUUUAAACUGGCUGAUAUAUGCCCAUAUACUCAGUAAUGAAGAAGGAAAAUUGUAUGUAGCCCCACCAUAUAUAGAAGAGAAAGUUACUCGGAGAACAAUGUUAAUAUGCAGAUUGAGAUGCAAUGGUAUAUACCGAUUAGCUCUGCCUCGAAGGCACACAAAA